GUCCAAACACAUGUGAAACUUCAAAACACUAAACAUGUCACAAGAAUCUGAUGUUUCAUCAAGUGGUAGCGAUUCAGAGUGUGACGAGGCUGAUCUUCAGUCCGUCAAAGAAGUGUUUAAUGCCAUGAAAUUGAAAAUGCGUAAACUUCCUGUUGAAAAUAAAGCAAACAGUUCAUUGCAUACCCCAAAUACUUCAAGUUUUGGGAACCGUUUAGCUUCCGAAUUAAGGAGUAAACUUUUUGAAACGUUUAAUGAAAAUGAUACUGACUCAGGAAAUGACGAUUCAAAAAGGUCUGACAGAAAGUCAGAAAAGUCUGACAAUAGUUCGGGAAAGAUUGAUAACUUUGGUUUUUUCAUUGACAAGGGAUUUGGUUUUGGUGAAACAACAGAAGUGAUUUCAUUUGAUUUGUCAACAUUAAACACAUCUUCCAGAGACAAUGAUAAUGAAGAGGUUAAAGGACCUGAACCACAUGUAAAGACAAAAAGGAAAAAGGGGAAGAAGAGUGUUGAUAAAUUGUCUAGUCAGCUGAAAUGCGAUGUAGACAUGAAUGACAUUUACAUAAACGUAGACCCAUAUAACAACCCAAAGGCCAAGACCAAUGUCAGCAAUUUUAUACGCAAGGAGCAAGAGCCUGAGGUAAUGAAGAAAUGCGUUAUCACAGAUGAUUUUGAGAAACAAGAUGCAAUUGCAACCACCCAUGUCAGUGUUCGAAAGCAAAAGAAAGACAGAAAGAUUGAACGGGAAAAGACGAAGGGCAGUCAGUGGUUCAACAUGCCCUCUACAGAGCUCACGGAUGAGCGGAAGUACGACCUUGAAGUGCUACAGAUGAGGAAGGUGCUGGAUCCAAAGCGAUUCUACAAGGCCAAUGACUUGAAAGUCGCCCCAAAAUACUUCCAGUUUGGCAAAGUUAUUGAAGACGCCACAGACUUCUAUAGCUCAAGAAUCCCAAAGAAACAGCGCAAGUCCACAAUCGUCGAGGAGUUGUUAGCCGACUCGCAGUUUAGACAAUUCAACAAGCGUAAAUAUGAAGAGGUUCAAGAGGCGAAGCGCCAAGGCAAAGGGCCAUACAAGCACAUGAAACGUCUCAAGAAGAGAAAGCGAUAGAACAUGUUGAAGAUGAUAAGAUAUGAACAUAUGGCAGACAUGAAUUUCUCAAAAUAGUUGUUCAAAAAGUAAAAAAAUAUGUCUUAAUAAUAUUUUGUGUGUAGUAAUUUUAAUUUGAGGAAAAUUGUUUAAAAUAAAUUUGUAUAGCAAUAUAACAUUAGUAGAGCAUACAAACAAAAUUUCUAUUAAUAAUUUCUAUAAAUUCAUAUUGGUUUAACUUAGACAAUUAAAGCUGUGUUGUUAUUUGUUCAAAUAAAGAAGCUUUAUUAAUGUG